AAUACUUGCUUUGUCGCUCCAUACAAAGAUAAUGUCCUCCGAAAUUUAUUCAUGUUGGAUGGAAGGGAGUACUAAAGUAUUUACACCAUACUUCCGUCAAGUCGCUGGGAUUGGGACCAUGGCUAAAUGUAACACUGUCCUACGUGAAUGCGAAGAUUUAUGUAAAGCGCAGGGAAGAAUUAAGAUUUGGGAUAUUUGCCAAUGGUAUACCACCACCACCAACACAGAGGAGUACGCGUGCACGGCUUGCUGUGGAUUAGCUGCUAGUCCUCCACCACCAUCACCCCCUCCUCCAUGUCUACCAUCACCACCUCCUCCAUCCCCACCGCUACCUUCGCCGAGAGAUCCAAGAGAUCUGUGUCCUAUAUCUAAGAUUUCUCUUUCAACGCAAGAAGAAAGUUGCUCCGCUUGUACAACUGCUAAUUGCGAUAGAAAGUGUAUGGCAAUAGGAGAAACAAAGGUGUUAGCAGGGUGCAAUCGUUCUAAUUUCUUCUGCAGCUGUUGCUGCACUAACAGUGACCUUACGUCAGCAGAAAGGACUCGUCGUCGUCGUUCAUCAUUAUUCAACGCAGCAUAAUAAAGCUAUGACGUCGUUAUCUGCUAGCUGCAGCCAAUGUGCCCUGUCACCGAUCGAGUUACAUUAAU